CAGCAUUAGCUCAUCAGCUUAAUUCCUAUUUGAAUCUUGCGUGUAAAGCGUCAGAAAGUUGAAUAAAAAAGGAAGGCUGAGAAAAAAAUAAGAGGGCGAGGCAGUUAGCCAUCACAAGAAGGUAUAGGCGAGACCAAAGGUUGAGUGUAUUGUGCAAGAGGAGACAACGAUGACACGCCUGAUUUGAUGUGUUGCGAAAUCUCAUUUACCCUCUUACGCCAUCUUUAUGCGAAUCUUAGUCAUCUAUUGCGGGAGAAGAGAAGUGGUGCUCGAUGAAAUCCCUUUUCCCAUAAUAUCGUACUCUAGAUUGCAGACGUCCAAAUAAGAUGCAAUAUCCUACAUUUCUUCAGAAAGAAUCAACUUCCCAACUUCUUCAUCCUUCUUUUUCCCUCGCUAUAUAAGUAUUAGGUAAGGAAGCAUUCGAUUGAGCAUGGCCAUUAGCCAGGAAGGCGCCUGUGACAUGAGCCUUUCUCUCGAUCUGAGCAUUGGCCGGAGCCGGAGGAGGGCCGAGCAGAGCUCGCCCUGCUUCGCAUUUAGCCUGUCCGACGGCUUCGAAGCUGCUGGUGACGGUGUCUCUGUUAAGAGGGAAAUUGUUAAUCAUGAUGUAGGAUGCGAGGAGGUGGAUACAGAGAGGUUGUCGUCUUUCCGCAGCUGUGGCAGCGACGAGGACGACGACGUUGGCGGCGCGAGGAAGAAGCUUAGGCUUACAAAGGAGCAGUCUGCUCUGUUGGAGAACAGAUUCAAGGAGCACAGCACCAUAAAUCCGAGGCAAAAACAUGCCCUGGCUGAGCAACUCAAUCUCCGGCCACGGCAAAUCGAAGUGUGGUUUCAGAAUAGGCGGGCAAGGACUAAGCUGAAGCAGAUGGAAGUGGACUGCGAGUUUCUAAAGAAGUGCUGCCAGAAGCUGAGCGACGAGAACCGGAAACUGCACAAGGAGCUGCAGCAGAUAAAGGCUCUCAAAGCUGCACCACCUCACACGAGCUUCCCUGCUGCAGUAAACCUCCUCACCAUCUGCCCUUCCUGCGGGAGGAGAGAUCACAGUGGCACUGACCAAAAAGAAGCCAUUUAGGAUAACCAUGAAGUCGCACGAGCCCAAACCCUCUCUGUUCACUGGUAAUGGAAGUACUGCAUCAAAGUGCAUAUAAUUUAACUUUAGUUUCUCAAGAAUGAGGUUGUAAAAUUUAAUCUGGGGCGGCUCGCGUGAGUGCAUGCCUAGUUGCCAACCUCGACUGUAGCCUGUGGUGUAACUUUACUUUCCUGACCAGUUGAACGAGUUGCAUGCAUGCAUGAGCAUGCUGGACCUUACAUCCAUGGAUAUUUAUGGCCAAGUGUGGAUAGGAAGGAAUUGAGGGCACGUGAAGAUGACACAGUUUGAUAUCAACUCGAGUGCUCCCCUCGUUCGCAUGAUAAGCUAUAACUGAAUUGCUUCAGUGGAGGGAAUCUUACGGGAGUCUUGGGUAAGAACAUAUGCUGUCUGCCACUUUCUAUGUGGACACGCAUUAGUUUGUAAUUACAUUCAAUAUUGUGAAGUAACUAUAACAAUUAGUUGAAAAUCGUUU